AUGGCAGGCACGACUGCUUUGCCACUUCAAGAAUUGAUUGCAUCCUUGGACAAUACCUGUCUGCCAAAAAUUCUACAAGUUUGCUCUGGGGUUUACUUUCAAGGUUCUAUUUAUGAAAUUUCUGGGAGUGAAGUAUGCUUUUCCACUGGAGAUCUUGUAAAAGUCAUUGCCAUUGAACUCCAGUCAGUAUCUUGUGAAGACAUCAGCAACAAUGACAAAUUUGAACUGCCUAUCAACCACACAGGCUCGUUCAAAGUUGUACCAGAAGAGAUGCCAUACAGUACGAUAGAGGAGAUGAUGAGCCUGAGGCCUGUAGGUCUUGAAUCCUGCCUUCCCUUCAAUUUUACCAACCGCUCCAAGAUGACCUUGGAUAAUUACACUCUGGCGGCUGGGAAAACUUUGACUGUGCUCUCCAUUAAGUCGUCUGAAGGUGAAGAUGGUCAGGUGCGCUGCAAUGUACGAGGUGAACAGGGAGCCUCCGCUGAAGUGUGCAUCCCUCUUAAUUACCGGGGGGAGUUUUAUGAAUGUGAGAACCAGGAGCACUUUACUCUGCAGGAGAUCAUGUCCUCACCCUGCCUGCGCUGUCGAAAGUUUCGCUUCUCCAACACCACCAAGGGUGACCGACCACUUGUCUUCAGUCCAAUAUACCAGGUCCAAGCCAUCAUGAACUUGAGGAAGAAUAUAUUGAAGUUCCCAUCCAGCUUAGAGGUGGAUGUGGUCGAUGUGACUGAUGUGUGCACGGAUGUGAACUUUGUGACACCACUCAGUCUGACAGAGGUCCUUUCCCAGCCAGAUGAAUCCUUCCCUUCAGUAGUGGAGAUACUGGAAGGCCCAGGAAGCCGGUCUCUGUUCAAGUGCAACUGGGUGCCAGAAAUUUGCAAAAGUCAGCAACUGAUUUUCCAUAAAAAAGGAAACACACCCUUGGUUCUGGUAUCCAGCUUGAAAGGCCGCAAGGCACAGCAGUACUUCCUAGUAUCUCAGCAUUAUGGUGGACGAUUUCGGAGGCGGCCAAGAGAGUUUAAUUCAGUGUACGAGCUGCAUGUUGCUUUAACCCAGGCACCAGGUCUGAGGGUCAGUGUAACAAGGAACUGUGAUGAAGUUGAGGAGGAAGGCCUGCCUGCCCUCAGUGUUGGGGACCAGCUAGAGGUCAUUAGCUGCAAAAGGGUAGAGUUGCCUUGUGGAGGCAGUGAGGGACAGAAGCAGUCUGUCGAGGCUCUCUUUUGUCACCGCCUACAAGACAUGGAUGAUGAUGAUGAUGAUGAUGAUGAGGAGGAGGAGGCAGAUUUCAAGCGGGAAAAUCACAAAGAGGAGAUUUUCCUUCCUUUGUACAUGCAGGGUCACUUUGUGGAGGUACUCACUGAUAACAAGAAGUACAAACUCAGGGACUUGGGCAAACAGUUUAAAUUGCCACUGGAUGUUAAAGUGGUUGGCCGUGAUACUGAACUCGAGCCUGAUCCACUAGUGGGGUUUCCAUGUCUCAGAAUAGAGGGGGCUAUGAUGGAGCCCACCAUCCAGGCAAGCUUUGUACACAAGCCAGACCACUGUUUCGAGAUCCCCACCCAGUGGCUCUCUAUGUCUGUCUGUUUAACCAAGGACCCCCUGCCAUGGCCUACUGGAGAACCCCCUACAUGCCACUUGGAUACAGUUACUGAGGUGACAGACACGUUCAUAUAUGAAUUUCGAAAAAAGGGCAACUCAGAUGAAGCUCCUCCGCCUCGACCACCAAAGCGAAAUCUAUCAUCGUCAAAUCUUGCCAAAAAAACAUCAAAAGCCUCAAAGAAAGGUCAGAAGGCAGACAAGCAAAAACAGCGAGCAGACAAAAGCACCCCAACCAAAGAAAUGAGCGAUUUGAAUUUAAAUAGCAAAAAAAGACCUCCAGCACCCCCACCUCCAGGUAUGUUAGGUGAAGCACCACCACUUAUACCCCGAAAGCACUCAGGGGCUGAAGUGACAUCUGGCAAGGCUAAACCCAACACCUACGUGAGCAUGGAAGACUCUAAGAAAACAGGAUCGCUGAGUGAUGUGGCAGCAGAUGUGGACAGCGACCAUGACUAUGAGAUUGUGGAUGAAACUUUGUCGGCGAUGAUGAAGAAAGCACAAGAAAAUGUUUUGUUCUACUAAAAGGAUCACGUUCAGGCUGUGAAAGCUAAAUGGGUGACUAUGCAUAUACUGUCAUACAGUAGUUUUUAAA